GUUUACUCGUUCGAAUCGGAGAAAUAUUAUUGAAUUUUAUACUGUUUCUUACUGCUGCAUUGUGCUGCUGAAUCGAUCGAAAAAGUGAGCAUAACCACCUCGAAGCGAUAGUUUGUUUGAGUUGUGUGUGAAAAAUGGAGGAAUUAAGCUUAAUAAAGGUGGAGAACUUCACUGCAACAGUAAAGGUAGAAGAGAUUAUGAUACCCGACGUUCUGGCUGUGGACGAAGCAACUACGUUCGCUAGCAGCACCGCACCAACUGCGGCGAACGCCCUGAAGAAAGAUUCAACUGAUGUGAAACAAGAACCUGUCAGGGAGAACAUCAAUGAAAUUGAGACUACAACAGCUUCUAGCUCCAGCAACUCGGUUGAUACGGAAAUGCGCAACACCGAUGUUAAUGAUCAUUCGCACAAAAUGAUCGCAUGUGAAUUCUGCAAUAAAAAAUUUAGUAAAAAAUACAUCUUGGAGAAUCAUAGAAGAGUUCACACCGGAAAACGACCUUUUGCGUGUGAUAUCUGUAGCAGAACAUUUCGCACAAGCGCACGUUUGAACUAUCAUAAGAAAGCUCAUUCAGAUCAACAUUUUGAGUGUGAUAUAUGCAAGCGACGUUUUUCCAUUAAAUCGAACUUAGCGAUCCACAUGAAUGUUCAUCGCACAGAUUGUCCCUAUAAGUGUCUGAUUUGCGAAAAAAAGUUCCCGACUAGUUAUCAUCUUAAACAACAUGUGCUCACUCACAGCGAUUCGCGACCCUUCACAUGCGACAUCUGUGACGCAUCAUUCAAGGGAAAUGUUCAACUAAAAAGCCAUAUAAAGACCCACAAGGUUGAGUCCUACCCAGACAACACAGAAGGUUUGCAGUUAAAUCGAAUUGAUGAAUCAACAAAAUACACCUGCGACAUAUGCGGCAAACAGUACAAACAAAUGGGACCACUUCACCUACAUCUGAAGCUUCAUCAGAGCACCACUGUGAGAUCUGAGACCAAAGCCCACAACGCAAAGAAGUACGAGUGUAGGAUUUGUGGAAAAGGAAAUCGGGAUCGUUAUACACUGAGGACGCACAUGGUCGCUCAUACGGAGGAACAGCCUUUUAGUUGCGAUAUUUGUGGUUCAUCAUUUAAGACAGCUUAUACUGUGAAAGUGCACAAGAAAACACAUUCUUCCGAUAGGCCGUAUGAAUGCAAAAUUUGCGGAAAAAGGUUUCCAGUUCGUUUCAAACUCAGGCAGCACAUGUUUUACCAUACUGAUGAACGACCUUUUCAAUGCAAUAUUUGCGGUAUAUCAUCGAGGUCCGCAUCGAAUCUAAGAGCUCAUAAACAAACGCAUAGUCGUGAAAGUUUAACAUUCGAUCCUAAUCUUGUGAAGCAUGUGGCUGCCAACUCUCAAGAACUACCUUUUCAUUGCGAUAUUUGCGGUUCAUCGUACAAAACAGCUUUAUAUUUAGGAAAACAUAAGAAAAAGCACACCUUGGAGACCACGCAUGAAUGCGAAAUUUGCGGAAGGCGAUUUCAAUUUCUUUACAAACUAAGGCGGCACAUGGUUAGCCAUACUAACGAGCGGCCUCAUAAAUGCAAUAUUUGCAGCACAUCAUUCAAGUUCAGUCAUAACCUGCAUUAUCAUGAAAGCAAACACUCGAAAGAAGGACGUUACAAAUGCGAUAUUUGCGUUAUUACAUGCAGUACAAGAGCUUUGUUAGAGGCGCACAGUAAAACGCAAAUGCACCUAAAGAAGAUACAAGAUAAUCCCCUUACAGCUUCUAGUACCAGCAACUUGCAAGGUUGGGAAAAGCGCAAAACCGAUGUUGGUGAUCAACCACCGAAAAAGUAUAUUUGUGAAUUCUGCAACAAAGAAUUAAGCACAAAAGUCACCUUGGAGGAUCAUAAAAGAACGCAUACCGGGGAGCGACCUUUUGCAUGUAAUCUCUGCAGCAGUACAUUCCGCACAGCUAGGAUUUUGCAAAACCAUAAGAAUGCUCAUACAGGGGACGGGGAUCUUGAGUGUGAUAUAUGCAAGAGAAGUUUUUUUCGAAAAACAAAAUUAACGGCCCACAUGAAUAUACAUCGCACAGAUUGUCCCUAUAAAUGUUCGAUUUGCAAUAGAAUAUGCGCAAGUGAUAAGAAUCUUGUCCAACAUAUGCGUACCCAUAGCGAUCAGCGACCUUUUAAAUGCGAUAUCUGUGACGCAUCAUUUACGGUACGGUAUGUUCUAAACAAACAUAUGAAGAUCCACAAGGUCGAACCGUCUCCAGGUGACUCAGAAGAGUUGAAGCCAAAUCGGACCAGUAACAGCCCAAGUGAUGGAUCAGUAAAAUACACCUGUGACAUAUGCGGCAAACAGUACGAACUAUUGAGAGCACUUUACGUACAUCGGAAGCUUCAUCAGAGCACCACUAUGGGAUCUGAAAUUGAAGCCCACAACGCAAAGAAGCACGAGUGUACGAUUUGUGGAAAAAGAAAUCGGGAUCGUCCAACACUCAUGAGGCACAUGGUUUCUCAUACUAAGGAACGGCCUUUUAGUUGCGAUAUUUGCGGUUUAUCAUAUAAGACAGCUUCUGAUGUGAAAGUGCACAAGAAAACGCACUCUUCCGAUAAGCCGUAUGAAUGCAAAUUUUGCGGAAUAAGGUUUGCAGCUCGUUACAGACUCAGGCAGCACUUGUUUUACCAUACUGAAGUCAGUAGCUAAUCUAAGAAUUCAUGAACAAACGCAUAGUCGUGAAAGUAUCACAUCCGAUCCAAAUCUUGUGGAGCAUGUGGCUGGUGACUCUAAGAAACUACCUUUCUAUAGCGAAAUUUGCGGUUUAUCGUAUAAAAUAGCCAUGAAUUUGAGAAAACAUAAGGAAAAGCACCCCCCAGACAGGCUAAGGCGGCACAUACUUAGCCACACUAACGAACGGCUUCAUAAAUGCAACGUUUGCAGCUCAUCAUUCCAGUUUGAAUCUGCAAUAUCAUAUGAAACAUUCGAAAGAAGGACGCUACAAAUGCGAGAUUUGCGUUGCUACAUGCAAAACAAGUGCAUCAUUAGAGGCGCCCAAGAAAACGCAAAAGCACCUGUUGUGAUGUUUGGAAUGAUAAGUACUAGAGAUGGUCGGGUUUGAUGUUUUUCAAACCCGUACCCGACCCGAACCCGAAUUUUUUUUUCGGUCAAAACCCGAGCCCGAAAAUUUUAUUUCAUUGAAACCCGAACCCGACCCGAUCUCGAAAUUGUGAAACCCGAGCCCGACCCGAACCCGAGAUUUCAUUGAUUUUAUAGUCGGGUUUUGGGUUUGCAUACCCAAACCCGACCUGAACCCGACAUUUUCAAACCCGAACCCGACCCGAACCCGAAAAUAUUUUUUUCACAAAACCUGAACCCGACCCGUACCCACAUUUUCAAAAAUUUUCAAACCCGAACCCGACCCGAACACGUCGGGUACGGGCCGGGUUCGGGUUUCGGGUUCUCUACUAAGUACGGUCCUGCACUGUUAUAGCGAAUUUCUUUAUUCCACCAGCUCACCUCGUUUUGACCUGGAAGUGCACUAACUGCUGUCAAAACCCUUCUUUAUUCGCUCGAUUUUGACCCAGUUUUGACCUACCGUGCUGCCCGAAGCGCACUGUAAAAUUUGUCAGCUUCAACCCACCACCGCACGUGGUAAGUUCGUAAACAAUUAUCUGGCAUCUCUUUCUUACUUGCGUCUUUAAUGGCGUUGACGUUUUAUUAUUACUCGGCAGUUUUGCCCGCACACAGUGGAAUAAAGAAAUUCGCUAUUAGAUUAGAAUGCUACACUGUAAACAAUGUCACGAUACUUCAAAUUUUUUGCACUUGACUCAAUUCAUCACAUCACACUGCAAAUCAAAGUGAUUUAGUGUUGAUUUUAUAAUGAUUAACACUUUCCAACAAAGUGAUCUUGGCUUGAAAACUGUUUAAUGGAAAUCACCAUCAUAUUUUAAUGUACAUAUACUUCUUGUAUUUGCACCGCUGUUCAAAUUCACUGAUUUACAGCUGCAAUUCCAUUUGAAAAACGUCAAAAACAUGGAACGAAACAAAAAAUAUAUAAUAUAAAUAUAUACUAUAGUAAUGGUGGCGAACGGCGCAAGCAGCACAUUUUCCCCAAAGAUUAACAAAUUUAAUUUAUUCAAGAGUAAGUAUUAAUGAAUAUUUGAUAUUAAAUUAACAAUAAACCAUUUUUUUACGAAUCCUGAAAUAUAUUACAUCGAUACGGUGGCAGGGAUAAUCUUGUAAUUAAAAUAAAAAUUUCAAUUAGAAUAAAACCACAUACUUAUGUAUGUGAUAAAACUGUAUUCUAUAUCUAUGAAUGCGAAUGUCUGUCUGUCUGUUCCCUAUAGACUCAAAAACUACUGAACCGAUUACCGUGAAAAUUUAUACAUAGGGGUUUUCGAGUAUGGAGAGUAAUCUUCAAAUAUUAUUUUAGAUCUAUCUCAUAAGCGUAUGCAAGGAGAGGUGAAUUUGUGAUUUAUGAAUGUGAAAACUUUCUUCUCGAUAACCGUGCAAAUUUAUAUCAGAUGUUUUUGAGUCUGAAUUAUAUUUUUGCGACGUUAUACCACAUACAUAAGACAUACGUAACACUCAGGAAGAAAUCUUCCAAAAAAGUUGGUACAAAAUGAACUACUCGAAAGUACCAACCUCUGUAAAAAAACCUCUGUUUGAGUAGUUUAUGAAGGUUGUGUACCUGCGCAGCCCUGCAUUUGUCUCGUCCCCACUCGAAAAAUGCAGCAUUGGUUUUGUAAACAACUUUUUGACAGUUUCGUAAGGGACUUCUACUCGAGUCCUCAAAAAAAUCCCUUACAAAACUGUCAAAAAGUUGUUUACAAAAUCAAUGCUGCAUUUUUCGAGUGGGAACGAGACAAAUCCGGAGUGAUUUGCGAUAAGGGCGCAACUGCCAAAAGAUAAACAUUGGGGAAUAUCAGUUUGAAAAUUUGCAAGUACAUUUUCAAAUCGUAAUUUCAGAGGAAGAGACUAACAUUAACAUCAAUACCAAAAAUCGACGUAAAAUAAACCUGGCUUAUAGUUUCCUAACAAUACUACAUUGAAUUUGUCCAUUUAUGGCUUAAAUCUGCGCUUUUCUUCUAACCUUUUUCUAAUGAGCCUUAGAGCAUUCUGACAACGAGGUACGCCCAUCUUUCUUUCGCCUUGUUUUUUUCUUUCUUCAGUUGCGCCCCUUUAAAAGCGCCUUUAUUUGAAAACAAAAGUUGAUCCGCCCUUUACUGUCGCCUGUUAACGAAAUAUUUCGCAAAUAAGCCCAGUGCUCAAAACAAUGUAAAAGGCCUAGUUCCAAAGUAUCUUUUGUUUUGGGUAAACUGUUUUGUCGCCCUUCACUAAAAGCUUGAUUUAAAUAAUUUUAUCGAUUUAUACAAAAGAAAGGAUUCUUGCCAUGAAUUGUGUGAGUCUUUUCGAAACCAAUAGAGUAAUAAAACGAUUUGUUUACAUUUUGUUAGUUGCGCCCUAAACGCUAAUCACUCCGGAUAUAGGUAUCAAGCACUGACCAUUGCUGGAGGGAUUUCUUAUUAACCUACCAAGGUAGCAGUCAUGAUAGAGAUUUUUUUUUUGUCUAUAUAAUAAAAUAUUUCUGUCAAGCGUUUCGAUAACGCUAGUAUACCCAUCACCCAAACUCCGAAAUCGUGUGCGAGAUUCGACUGUGAUAAUCGUGUAUUUCGGGGUAGUCCAAUUUGGCGUAAAAGUCGCAAUAUGUCAGAAGGUCAAAUAUUUGACCAUAGAGCUUUCUGACAGCUCAGUCACGCACACUAAAUGCGGUUUGUUUGCCUCAUAAAUGACUCUUACGAAAAUCGAAAUAGUAGUAAGUAAAAAGUAGUCUUUUUUGAGUUGCCCAGCACUGGAAAUAAAAUUUUCAUUUUGUAAAAUACUAUCCGUAAACCAAUCACACAACCCGCGCAGGAAUAAAUUAACUUUCAAGUCAGCGGAAGAAAAUAAAAAUUUCGUAGUCCAUGCAGGCGUUUUGACAGCAUUUUGUUGGCCUCAUUUUCCAUCCGACUUACACGGUGUAAAGUGCACCAAUACAUGCACGAUUGGAAAGGUCUAAUGGUCAAAGAGUGUAAUACAGGCAGUAUUUAUGUGAAUAUUCACCUUGAUGUAUGCGGAGUAAUUUAUACUACAUCAAGAUAAACUGUAUGCUUU